GCUCCACAGACACACAGCUCCUCAGAGGGGUCAGGAUGCCGGAGGUGAACACGGAUCAUCUGGAUGAGAAGCAGGUGCAGUUGCUUGCAGAGAUGUGCAUCCUCAUCGACGACAAUGACCGGAAGAUUGGAGCUGACAGCAAGAAAAACUGCCAUCUCAACUCAAAUAUUGAGAAAGGAUUAUUGCACCGAGCAUUCAGUGUUUUCCUGUUUAACAGCGAGGAAAAGCUGCUCCUUCAGCAGAGAUCCAAUGCCAAAAUCACCUUUCCAGGCUGUUUUACCAACACUUGCUGCAGUCACCCUCUCCACACCGCCAGUGAACUGGAGGAGCAGGACGCCAUCGGGGUCCGCCGCGCCGCACAGAGACGCCUGCAAGCCGAGCUCGGCGUUCCCACCGAUCAGGUGCCUCCAGAAGAGAUGACCUACCUGACCCGCAUCCACUACAAAGCCCAGUCAGACGGCGUCUGGGGCGAGCACGAGAUCGACUACAUCCUCUUCAUGCAGAAAGACGUGGAUCUGAAUCCAGACCCCAACGAGAUCCAGAGCCACUGCUACGUGUCCAAAGAGGAGCUGAAGGAGAUCCUGGAGAAAGCCAAGAAGAAAGAGCUGGAGAUCACGCCCUGGUUCAGCCUGAUCGCAGAAACCUUCCUCUUCAAGUGGUGGGACAACCUCCAUAACCUCAAACAGUUCAUCAACCACGACGGGAUCCACCGCAUGUAAGCCACAUCUGGAAAGGACUCGUUACUAACGGACACUUUAACGGUUAAUAAA